UGUUGCAGAUGUACGUAUUUGUUCUGAUAGAAUUUCAGAAUAAAACAACUUUAAUUAGCAGACGCUUUUGAUUCAAAGAAGACUGGAAAGAAAAAAUGUUUUUAUUGUCGACUUACUGUCGUGUGGCUUGGGUUUGCAUGAUUAUUUGUGCUGUUCGUGGAGAUUUGAGCUACACAUUCCCGGAGGAAACGAAGCAGCAAUAUGUGAUCGGAAAUAUAGCAAAGGAUCUCGGACUUGAUGUGAAACGAUUAUCUGGUCGUAAAGCUCGAAUAGAGACGGAAGGCAGCGCUAAACGGUACUGCGACAUUAAUCUGAGUAGUGGGAAUCUGGUCGUUUCGGAAACAAUAGAUCGAGAGAAGCUUUGUGGCUCGAAAAUGUCUUGUAUUCUUAAUUACGAGCUUGUGUUGGAAAAUCCUCUUGAUGUGCAUCGCAUUUCACUGCAGAUUCAGGAUAUAAACGACAACGCGCCGAGAUUUCCUAAUGAACAGAUUACCUUUAAUAUGAUGGAAUCAAUUGUUAAAGGAGAACGUUUUCCUUUGGAUGAAGCUCACGACUCUGAUAUAGGCCAAAACACGGUUCAAGGAUAUUCGCUGGAAAGAAAUAAUCAUUUUGUUUUAUCGGUUAAAGAAAACGCGGAGGGAGGAAAAUACGCUGAACUGGUUUUGGACAAAGAGCUGGAUCGUGAACAGACGAAGGAAAUAGAUUUAAUAUUUACUGCUACUGAUGGAGGCUCACCACAGAGGUCUGGUACUGCAGUUAUCCACAUCAAUGUGCUUGAUGCUAAUGACAAUACACCGGUUUUUAGUCAGUCUGUGUAUAAGGUUACUCUCGCUGAAAACGCAGCGUUGGGUGCAGAAGUAGUUACAGUGAGCGCUACAGACGCUGAUGAGGGCGUGAACGGGGAAGUCAGUUAUGAAUUUAGUCGAAUCUCUGAUACAGCUUCAAAAUUAUUUUCUAUUGAUAAAAUAACUGGUAAAGUUACAGUAUACGGAAAUAUUGAUUAUGAAGAGGAAACGUCAUAUGAAAUGAGAGUCCAGGCAAAAGAUGGUUCUGGCUUAGCAUCCACUGCCAAAAUGAUUAUAGACAUCACUGAUGUAAAUGACAAUGCUCCAAGAAUUAUUCUUAAAUCACUGAAUGAUCCAAUACCUGAGAAUUCAGUGACAGGAACUGAAGUAGCCAUAAUAAAUAUUCAAGAUAAUGAUUCAGGAGAUAAUCGAAAAGUCAGAUGCUCCAUUCAAGAAAAUGUUCCUUUCAGAUUAAACCCAUCCAUUAAAAACUACUUUUCUUUGCUAACCACGAGCUUGUUAGACAGAGAGAAAGAACCAGAUUAUAAUAUAACAAUCACUGCUACUGAUGGAGGAUCUCCACCUUUAUCCACAUCUAUAACCAUUCAUUUAACUGUAUCUGAUGUGAACGACAAUCCUCCUGUAUUUGAACAGCAAUCCUACACUGCAUAUGUAAUGGAAAAUAACAAACCAGGAACCUCUAUUAGUUCUGUUAAAGCAAGAGACCCAGACUGGAGGCAGAACGGUACAGUACUGUAUUCUCUGGUGUCCAGUGAGAUAAACGCUCUUCCAGUGACUUCCUUUUUAUCCAUUAACUCAGACACAGGAGUGAUCCAGGCUGUGAGGUCAUUUGACUAUGAAAAGUUCAGAAACUUUAAAGUCCAGGUUGUAGCCAGAGACAACGGUUCUCCUCCACUCAGCAGCAACGUGACUGUGAGUGUGUUCAUAUCAGAUGAGAAUGAUAACUCUCCACAGAUAUUAUACCCUGCUCCAGAGGGAAAGUCUUUAAUGACUGAGAUGGUCCCUAAAGCUGCUCUCUCUGGCUCUCUGGUCUCCAAAGUGAUCGCUGUGGAUGCUGACUCUGGACAGAACGCGUGGCUGUCGUAUCAGAUAGUCAAAUCUACCGAUCCGGGACUUUUCACUAUCGGUCUCCAUAAUGGAGAGAUCAGGGCUCAGAGGGACAUUACCGAAUCUGACAGCAUGAAACAGAACCUUGUAAUCUCUGUGAAAGAUAAUGGACAGCCGCCUCUCUCUGCUACCUGUUCUGUAUAUUUACUUAUUUCUGAUAAUCUUGCUGAAGUUCCUGAACUUAAAGACAUGACUUAUGAGGAGAACAAUUCCAAACUGACUUUUUAUCUGAUCAUCGCACUAGUUUCCGUGUCCACCUUCUUUCUGACUUUCAUUAUUCUGAUCCUGGCUGUGAGGUUUUGCCACAGGAGAAAGCCCAGACUGUUGUUUGAUGGAGCGGUCGCCAUUCCCAGCGCGUAUCUCCCUCCUAACUAUGCAGAGGUGGAGGGAGCUGGAACUCUCCGCAGUUCUUACAAUUAUGACACGUAUCUAACGACAGGAUCACGUACCAGUGACUUCAAGUUCAUCACGUCUUACAAUGACAGCACUCUUGCUGCUGGUGGAACUCUGAAGAAGAGCCCAGAUGUUGCAAAUACAAACAACCUUUUUGAUGUUGAAGAACUAGUUGAGGUAAGAUGA